AUGACCGUUUCUAAUUUGCAGUUGCAACACCAUUUUGCCGCAGACUACCGAAGCUUAUUUGCCCCUGUGGCAAGCCAGGACGAGAAGGAAAAAUCUCUUCAAAUUUUUGUCUUGCAAUUUGUAGAGACAUUCAGAGAUUGGGGACCACACCCAAUUGAGCAACUGGUUGAUCAAGAAUUAGGAAACAAUGAAACAAUUGUAGGAUGCUCUUGCGGGCAUCCUUCUGAGGUCAUUCUUAUUCUGAUUCAGGAGAUUUCUCUAAUUACAUCAACUUUUACUGAAAGUGGCAACAGUCCGGUAUCUCCUACAAUUCAUCAUUCAGGGCAACAAAAUAACCUGGGUUUGAGCUCACAGAUAUUUCAAGUUCUGGAGUGUUUGGAAAUUCUGACUCGCUCCUUGCAUAACUGUAAAGUAUUCAGCUACUAUGGUGGUGUACAGAAGAUUGCUUCUCUACUAAAAGCUGCUGUUGCUCAGCUCAAAAACUUGAACAGGUUGCUGGCUGCAGAAGAUCAAUCUUCAGAUGAAGCAGUGGAAAAUGCUAGGCUGAUGCUAAAUAUACUUGUAUGCAUAAUCACUAUAAUUUCAAACUUCAUGAAGUUGGAAAUAACUGUUGGAAGGAUUCCCCAUAUUGCCGAUACCACAAAGCAUACCCCAUCAAGCAACCAUUUGGCUGCAGUCACGUCUAGCUCUCCUGAUAGAACCAUUUCUGAUACACUUCGACAUUGGCAGCAGAAGGCAAUUGUUCUUGUGAUGGAAGCCAGAGGUGUCAACUGGUUAGUAGAACUAUUACGUGUCGUUCAAAGGUUGAAUUUGAAAGAGCAGUGCAUUGAUCUCACACUCCAUUUUAUUACUUUGUGCACUCUGCGAUCAACUGUUUCUGGUACUCGUGCUCAGAAUCAUCUCAGAAGCAUUGGUGGGCUGGAAAUUCUAUUAGAUGGACUUGGACUUCCUUCUAGUAAAUUUUCAGUUUUGAGGCAAUCAUCUAUCUCAAGAAAUGAAAGGGCUGAAAUACUUCUGCUCCAGAUACAGUAUUUGCAAACUCUGAGUGAGGCAGUAUUUGGCAACGUCAACAAUUUGAAAAUUUUAUGUGAAAAUGGACGGGUACACAAAUUCGCAAACUGCAUUUGUUGGCCUGCAUUUAUGAUUCAGAAGUUUCAUCGGCAAAAGGAUAAUACCAAAGCUUCACCUACACUAGAUUCUGUCUCUGGUCCAAUUUAUUGUCUUGAUAGAACUGAAUGGAUUGACUACUCUAUAAAAUUGAGCAAUGUCCUUUGUUCUUUUGUUCUUCCUUCGGAGGAUAUCGGACACUGUUCUGAUGAAAUAGCUGUCAGCCAAAUUGUAUUAUCCAUCCCAUUGGCAUACCUGGAGCAAUCUGUGAGAUGGAUCAUAAGGAUUCUUAUGACCGUCUUUCUAUGUAUCAGAGCGUGUACCAAGGAAACUGAGCUGCCAAACCACAUAAAGAUUUUUUCAAAGACCCUUCAAUAUUACGUGAUUCACAUGUUCAAAAGAGUUCUUAUUUCAACACCAGCUCUACUCCCAGCUUUCCGAGAGGAAGGUGUUUGGGACCUGAUAUUCUCAGGGAAUUUUUUCUACUUUGGUUCAUCUGUAGAAGACACUUGUUUUCAUACUGUUACAGAUAUUCAAAAUGGUGAUGUUAACAGUAACCAAAUAUCUAUUCAUUCUGAAAGCUUGUAUCGUACCGAUGUUAAAAUUCUUCAAGCGGAAGCUAUUUCCUUCUUGGAGUUUGCUGCAACACUCCAUGAAAACACAUAUAACACGCCAGAAUGCUCGGCACUGCUAGAUGCACUUGAACAUUGCAUUUCUGAUCCUUUGGCAGUUAGCACUCUUCUCAAAAGCUUCCGUGUUAUUCUACAACUUGCGACAGAACAUACUCUAGCUUCAUUUGAAUCUUUGGAUGUAAUUACAAGAGUCCUUAAGGCUGCUUGCCGUCAGGCACAAGAGCUACGAAACUUCAGCAAUUUUCUUUGUUCUCAAUUUAAAAAUAUUGAAGGCAGAACUGAGGACGCUCUUAUAUGUACAGAAUUAGCUUUGAGCCUCUUUAUGGAAUAUGUCACUAUAUCGAUAGAUGGAAGAAUUCUCGUUUUGCACAAUGCUGACUGUAUUGAGUGCUUAUUUGACUUGUUCCAUGAACAGAACAUUCGAAAGCAUGUGCUGGAGCAAGUUCUUGCCUUAUUUAGGUUGCCUUCAUCGUCAGCACAAGAUCAUACAGCAAAGUUGCAGUUAUGCUCAAAGUAUUUAGAGAACUUAGCACGGGCAAAUGAAAAAGAAAAGGUCAACACAGAGUUGUUAAUUGACCUUCUGGUCAACAUGAGAGAGAUCAUAAUGAUGGAUCACAUGUACUAUCAAAAUCUGUUUCGCGACGAAGGGUGCUUUCUUCAUAUUAUUUCCUUAUUGAAUGGAAAUUUCAAUAAGGUGACUGAUGAGCGGCUUGUCCUUAAUGUCCUUCAGACCUUAACUUUAUUACUUGAAGGGAAUGAUGCAUCUAAGGGUGCCUUUAGGUUAGUAGUUGGUGCAGGUUAUCAAACAUUACAGAGCCUGGUACUGGAUUUCUACAAAUGGUCGCCAAGUGGGAGACUCUUGGAUGCAUUGCUUUGCAUGCUGGUUGAUUGCAAGUUUGAGUUAGAUGAGAAAACAACUAUAAAGAAUGAAGAUGCUGUUGUAUUACUUCUAAAUAUUUUGCAGAAGAGCAGCACGCCACUUCAGCACUAUGGGCUUGUAAUCUUACAGCAGUUGCUCAAGCAAUCCAUUACAAAUAGAACCUCUUGUUUCAGAGCCGGGUUGCUUAGUUUUCUUCUUGAUUGGUUUUCAGUAGAGGAAAAGGAUGAUACAGUUAUUGCUAUUGCAGAGUUAAUACAGAUACUUGGUGCACACAGUAUAUGUGGCAAGGACAUCCGGAAAAUCUUUGCCCUUUUGCGUUGUGAGAAGAUUGGUGCCAAACACAAGCACACGUCUUUGCUUCUGACAAGUCUCAGUCACAUGCUGAAGGAAAAGGGGCCAGAAGCUUUCUUUGAGUUCAGUGGCCAUGAUUCUGGUAUAGAAAUAAAAUCACCCUUUCUAUGGCCUUACAAUAGAGGGCUAUCUUUUUCUUGCUGGUUAAGGGUUGAAAACUUCCCAGACAGUGGCAUGAUGGGCCUUUUCUCCUUUUUCACAGAAGACGGAAAGGGGUGCUCAGCUGUUCUUAACAGAAGUGCUUUAGUAUAUGAGUCUAUCUAUCAAAAACAUCAGUGUGUUUUGUUACCACUCAAGCUCCCACCAAAGGAAUGGAGAUUCCUUUCUGUUACUCAUACAAUUGGGAGGGCUUUCUCUGGAGGAAGCCAACUGAGGUGUUAUGUAGAUGGAGAGCUAGUAUCAUCCGAGAAGUGUGGGUAUGCAAAAUUCAACGAAGCAAUGACUCACUGCACCAUUGGCACAGAAUUGAUGCCUGUUGGUGACGAAUCUAUCUCAAUUGGUUUCGAAAAAACUUUUGCCUUCACAGGUCAAAUGGGCCCAGUCUAUGUGUUUUCUGAUGCACUUUCUUCAGAGCAAGUAAAGGGCAUAUAUUUUCUGGGACCAAGUUACAUGUACUCUUUCCAUGGUGAUGAUUGCUACAGGGGAAUUCUUGAUGCUAGAGACGGCCUUUCAUCAAAGAUAAUUUUUGGUUUCAAUGCACAGGCUAGUGAAGGUCGGAGUUUGUUCAGUGUGUCAUCAGCACUCAAUAGUGCUGACAGAAAUACAUUUGAAGCAACAAUUAUGAGGGGGACAAAGUUAUGCUCACGACACUUGCCUCAGGAUAUUAUUUACUGCGUUGGUGGUGUCUCUGUAUUUUUCCCACUCUUCACUCAAUUUUUUGAUGCUGCAAGUGAUAUUGAGAAAUGUUGCCAUACAUCUGUUAUCAAUGAUAAAUUAGCGGCUGAGGUCAUUGAGCUAGUCGCAACUGUUCUGGAUGGAAAUGUAUCAAAUCAACAACAGAUGUAUCUACUUUCUGGGUUAUCUAUUCUAGGCUUCUUGCUUCAAUCAGCUACCCCACAGCUGUUAACAACCAAAACUCUUUCCGCACUGAAGUAUAUGUUUGACAUUCUGAGGAAGUGUGGCAUGUCAAAAGUUCUCCUCAAAGAUGCUAUCUCACAAAUUUAUUUGAAUCCUCAAAUAUGGGUAUAUGCAAGCUAUGAAGUACAAAGAGAUCUCUAUUUGUUUGUGAUAAAAUAUUUUGAAACAGAUGGAAGGCUUUUACCGCUUCUAUGUGGACUUCCUUGGGUUAUUGAUAUUGUGUGCCGAUAUUACUGGGAAAAGGCAGAUUCUAGGCAUGUUGUUGCUUCCAAGCCUUUGCUUGAUCCAGUUACCAAACGAGUUAUUGGAGAGAGACCUAAGGUAGUUGAAAUUCGCAAGCUUCGUCUUCUCCUCCUGAGUUUAGCAGAAAUGAGCUUAAAGCUAAAAGUUUCUCCAGAUGACAUAAGAGCGCUUGUUGCUUUUUUUGAGAGGAGUCAAGACAUAGCAUGUAUCAGCGAUGUACUGGACAUGAUCAUCCGUGCUCUUUCACAGGGUGCAGUUUUUUCAUCAUUUGUUGAGAAUGUAAAUUACCUUGGUGGUUGUUGCAUUUUCAUUAAUCUUCUUAAAAGGGAAUUUGAGCCAGUCCGUUUGUUGGGGCUUCAGCUCCUUGGAAAACUUUUGACUGGGAUUCCUUCUGAGAAGGAAGGAACGAAACUAUUUACCCUACCCUUAAGGAAGUCUAGACCCAUGUCUGUAAACUUAACAAAAGAAAUAACAGCUGCACCUCAGUUGUUCUUGAAUACAAUGUCUGAAAGGCUAUUCAAAUUUUCACUAUCAGAUAACUUAUGUGCCGCACUUUUCAGUGUUCUUAGUGGAACCAGUGCACAACAGGUUCCCCAGGAAAAUUCUCAAUCUGAUCCAUCAAGGGAUAGAAAUUGCAACCUUUUAAGCUUGCCACCCUUUUCCCUUCCUCAUAUUUUGAUCUGCAUCUUUAGAUUUAUGCAUUCUUGUAAAGAUUCCUCAGAACGCACAAGAAUCUUAAAUCUUCUUCUUGGUUUGCUGGAUUCAAACUCUUCAAACAUUGAGGCAUUAAUGGAGCACAGUUGGAACUCUUGGCUUGAAACAUCCACAAAGCUUGAUGUAUUCAAGGACUACAAAUCAGUUUCUAAAGGCGAGCCUGACGAUGUGAAGACAGAUGAACUAAGUCUUGUGAGGAACUUGUAUUCUUUGGUCCUUUCAUACUACCUGCGCUUCGUUAGAGGUGGCUGGCAUCAACUUGACAAUACUGCUAAUUUUUUCCUCUUAAAAAUUGACCAGGGACAGCUAUCAAGUUCUGAUUUGCUGAGGGACAUACUUGAUGAUAUUGCUGGGAGCCUGCUUCAGAAAUCUGUGGAAGAUAAUAUUUUCCUUUUACAGCCUUGCUGUGAUAACGUUUUACAUUUUUUGAACCUUAUACAGGAGCUGCUUGUGAGUCAAAUGGGAAUUGGGCUAUUGUUUCUAUCUCCCAGUAUUUCGGAGGAAUCUUCACAUGAUAACAUAUGGAAAGAAGAUAUUAAGUCAACAGUAAAUGAUAUUUUAAAUACCGAGAGCAAUGGUCACUGUACAAGAUUUUCUGAUGUAAAUAAAAUCAGUGAUGAUUGGUGGAACUUCUUUGACAAGGUGUGGAGUAUUAUACGUAAUUUGAAUGGAAAAGGACCAAGCAAAAUUGUACCAAAGGAUCCAAAUGUUGAGGUUGCAUCUUUGGGGCAAAGGGCACGUGGACUGGUGGAGUCUAUGAAUGUCCCUGCUGCAGAAAUGGCUGCUGUUGUAUCUGGUGGUGGAGGUAUUGGUACUGCAUUAGAUGAUGACCAAAGCAAAAAUAAGUUGCACUUUUUGAUAUGGUCUUUAUUAACUGUAAGAUCUCAGUAUGGGCAGCUUGACGAUGGCGCUCGUUUCCAUGUUUUUUCGCACUUGAUUCUUGAAACUAUCAUAUAUGGAAAGUCCAUGUUGGUCACUAAUAUCUUAGGAAGAGAUGACUCCGUGGACACCAACAACAACAAGGAGACUGGCUUCAUCCUUAGCUUUAUACAGAAGGAUCGUGUUCUUGCCGCGGCUGCUAAUGAGGUUAAGCACAUGAAGGCUGUUCAGGCUGAUCGCUUAAAGCAGCUGCAGGAACUUCGCUUGAAGCUUAACGAGUGUUCUGCAACGGAGAUACAGCUAGUGCAGGCCAUUGAAGAUGAGAUACAUUUUACUAUCACUGCUGCCCUUUCAGCAGAUGACAGUAGAAAAACAGCUUCUCAACUUUCUUUUCGUGAGGAUCAGCAAAUUAUCAGGGAUAAGUGGAUACAUAUUUCCCGUGCUCUGAUGGAUGAGAGAGGACCAUGGUCUGCUAACCCUUUUCCAAAUGAUGUUGUGACUCACUGGAAACUUGACAAGACAGAGGAUAGAUGGCGGCGGCGGUUCAAGCUCAAACGUAAUUACAAAUUUGAUGAACGCUUAUGUCAACCUUCACAGUCAAGGAAUGAAAUUACAACGUCGUCAGCUGACCAACCGUACAUCAGUGCCAAAAUUCCUGAGAAAAUGAAGCGAUUCCUUCUUAAAGGAGUGCGGGGAAUCACAGAGGACAGUAGUUAUGAACCAUUUGAAGACACUAACGAUGCGAGUGAAUCUUCCCAGAGUAAUCCUUUAGAGAGCCAAAACCUGAAUAAUGCUGCAGAUACCUCUGAUUAUCAUGCUGCUGUACAUUAUAAAAAAGAGCCAUCAUCUACUAAUGGAGAUAAUGAUUAUACAAAGGUGCUAUGUUCAGUUCGUUGUGUUCUUGUAAACCCAAAGCGAAAAUUAGCAGGACAAUUGGAUAUCACACGAACUGUCAUGCAUUUUUCUUUUGAAUUUUUGGUCGAAGGAACUGGAGGAUCAUCUGUUUUCAGCAAGUUUAAAGACAAAAAAGAUUCAGACUGCAAGAACGAGCUGGGAGGUGUGGACAGACUUGAUGGAUGCCGAGACAGUAUGAUUAAAACCAAUGGUGUUUUGAUGCAAAACCAGUCUAACAAGAUCAAACGUCACAGAAGGUGGAACAUAACCAAGAUAAAAGGAGUUCAUUGGACACGCUACCUACUGCAAUAUACUGCAAUGGAGAUCUUCUUUGAUGAUUCAAGUGCACCUAUAUUUUUAAACUUUUCCUCCCAAAAGGAUACUAAAAAUGCUGGGUCUCUGUUAGUUUCUCUUAGGAAUGAAGCUUUGUUCCCUAAAGGAAGUACCAAAGACAAAAAUAAUAUCAUUUCAUUCGUCGACAGGCGAGUUGCACUUGAAAUGGCUGAGAAUGCCAGGGAAAGAUGGAAAAGGAGGGAAAUCAGUAACUUUGAGUAUCUUGUGAUUUUAAACACCCUUGCUGGAAGAUCGUACAAUGACUUAACUCAGUAUCCUAUAUUUCCAUGGGUAUUGGCUGAUUACACCUCAGAAAAGCUUGAUUUCAACAAGUCAUCGACUUUUAGGGAUCUUUCAAAACCAGUUGGUGCGUUGGAUGAAAACCGCUUCAAGGUUUUUGAAGAUAGAUAUCUUAGUUUCUGUGACCCUGAUAUACCAAGUUUUUAUUACGGAUCUCACUACUCUAGCAUGGGAAUCGUUCUUCAUUACAUGCUUAGGCUCGAGCCAUUUACAGCUCUGCAUCUAAACUUUCAGGGUGGCAAGUUGGACCAUGCAGACCGUUUGUUCCAGAGCAUUGAGAGCGCUUACAUAAAUAGCUUAUCAAGUACAAGUGAUGUCAAAGAGCUUAUUCCAGAAUUCUUUUACAUGCCCGAGUUUCUUGAAAAUUCAAAUUCAUAUCAUCUUGGUGUUAAGCAGGAUGGGGAACCUAUAGGCGAUGUUGCUCUCCCUCCAUGGGCAAAGGGUUCGCCUGAAGAAUUCAUCCACAUCAACAGAGAAGCCCUUGAAAGUGAAUAUGUGAGCUCUAAUCUCCAUAACUGGAUUGACCUCAUAUUUGGUUACAAGCAGCGUGGACAGCCAGCUGUUGAGGCAGCAAACAUAUUUUACUACGUGACAUAUGAAGGUGCAGUUGAUCUGGAAAAUAUGGAUGACAUGUUACAUAAAUCUGCUAUUGAGGAUCAGAUAGCGAAUUUUGGACAGACACCAAUCCAGAUUUUCCGGAUGAAACAUCCAAGAAGAGGACCUCCCAUCCCAAUUGCUCAUCCACUGUAUUUUGCACCACAGUCGAUAACAUUAACUUCAAGUGUUUGUAGUACAGUCAGCCACAUGUGUGCUAUCCUAUUCAUUGGUUUGUUGGAGAACACUGUUGUAUUGAUGAAUGAGGGACUCAUAUUGUCAGUAAAGCUGUGGUUAACAACACAGCUGCAGUCAGGUGGAAAUUUCACAUAUUCUGGACCACAGGAACAUUUAUUUGAAAUUGGUUCAGAUGUUAUCUCUCCUCGUAAAAUUGGCACUUUCCUUGCCGAAAACGUUAAGUUUGGAAGACAAUGCUUAGCAACAAUGCAAAAUAGUUGUGAUAAUUAUUUGAUUUUAUGUGGAAAUUGGGAGAACAGUUUCCAAAUAAUUUCUCUUAGUGAUGGAAGAAUUACGCAGAGCAUCAGGCAACAUAAGGAUGUUGUUAGCUGUGUUGCAGUUUCGUCUGACGGAAACGUGGUUGCAACUGGUAGUUAUGACACAACUGUUAUGAUCUGGCAUGCAUUUCGAGGAAGACCAAUUGAUAAGAAAAUGAGGGGUGCCAAUUUUGAACUUUCAGAAAAGGAACAUGUUAUAGUGGAAAGGCCUGUUCAUAUCUUAUGUGGUCAUGAUGACAUCAUAACAUGCUUAUUUGUUAGCACUGAACUUGACAUUGUAAUCAGUGGUUCAAAAGAUGGGACUUGUAUUUUUCAUACACUGCGUGAAGGGAGAUAUGUUCGGUCCAUCCAGCAUCCUUCUGGUGUUGGUUUAUCAAAACUGGUAGCAUCACAGCAUGGGAGGGUGGUAUUAUAUUCUGAGAAUGACCUCUCCUUGCAUAUGUACUCCAUCAAUGGACGACAUAUUGCUUCUUCAGCAACCCUUGGACGUCUCAAUUGCAUAGAACUUAGUUGUUGUGGUGAUUUCAUUGUUUGUGCUGGUGAGCUUGGACAGAUAGUCUUACGCUCAAUGCAUUCUCUUGGUAUUGUUUGGAGGUAUGAUGGAACUGGGAAGACAAUUACUUCCCUAGCUGUGACUCCUGAGGAGUGCAUCCUAGCAGGAACCAAGAAUGGUAGACUGCUGGUAUUUUCAAUAGAAACUCCUCUCCUUCGCAGGGGGAGCAUGCAACGAAAUAGAAUAAAGCCCUCCACAACUGGUUAA